AUGUCGGCAACUGAGGAUCUGUUCUCUACUCGUAUGCGUAAAGCUACGAGAAAAAUACACAAUAUCAGCGAUGCUUUGGUUAACGCCAAGUUUGCUAUCUCUUUAAGAGAUGAACAAGUCUGGGGUGGCGGAUUAUUUAUAUUCUACCAUGUAUUUGCUUACUUAGAAGAUGCCAAGGCCAGGCUAAAUAUGCCAGCGUUUGAUAAAAUGUUUAUUAAUAAAAUACUUUACAGAAAGAAGGCGUUUGAAGAAGACCUUACGCACUACCUCGGUGAGAAUUGGAGCUCGACACCGAAAAGCAUGGCUUUAGAGAACUACCUUGAGCACCUACAAGAGCUCGAAAGGUCCAACCCACAGUUACUGCUGGCUUAUGUAUAUCACUUAUACCUGGGACUCCUCAGCGGUGGCCAGAUUCUGGCUAAGAAACGGAGGAUGUUUGGCGAAGAUAACACAAAACAAAGUACCUAUACGGACAAAGUUACAGACUUCAAUGGUGUGGAUAUUGCUCAAUUAAAGAAAGAUUUCAGGCAGGCGAUGAAUGAAAUCGGAGAAACAAUGACUGAGGAGGAGAAAGCAGCACUUAUCGAAGAGAGCAACACCGUAUUUGUCAUGAAUAAUCUUAUUGUUAAUUCAGUUGGUGGACAAAAUAAGGUAUUGACUAGUUUACUGUACAAGUUUUCAGCGGUUGCCUUUGUUGUACUCGGUGUUGCUGUAGCUUAUAAGUUGCAUAAGUGA